AUGUUUGGGCGGCAGGCGCAGCCCCCAGGGCUCCGCGAAGACGCCCUGGAGGAGCGGGCGCGGCCUCCCUUGGCGAGUCUGCAAAGCUGCCUGGAGGUGGAGCAGCCCGCACCCUGGGCCCCGCUGCAGCUCCGCAGGCGGCUCAACGCUCCCUCCGAAAAGUCCUCCGCCUUUGAGACUAAGCUCACGUUAGUGGCAGCCAAGGAGGGGGCCGGCCCUGCCAAGACUGAGGAGGGAGGGGAGGGGAAAAAGCAAGAAUCUUACACCCCCGCCGGAGGGGGCGGGAGGAGCGCGUCCCGGCCUGGCCGAGCAGUGUCUUCGGCUCGGGGCAUCUGCUUGGGGAGCGGCGCGGGAAGGAUGCUGGUCCGCAAGGGCGCGCGCGCGGGGCCCGGGCUGCCGCGGGGCUGGACCGCGCUCUGCCUGCUGAGUUUGCUAUCCUCCGGCCUCGUACAUAGCAACUCCACUGCUGGUCCUGCCACAGCGCCCUCUAUCCCAGGCACAACGUUCAUGCUGCCUACGAAUGCAUCUAACCUGGAAGCCACAACCCCAAGUCCUCCUGCAAGUCCCAGCCCCAGCCUUGUUUCUCAGGACAGCAAUGUGACCUCAGAAGCCCCUUCUUCUUCCUCAGGCAACAUCACGUCUACCUCUGCGGUCACCACAGUUUCUGGAAUUGUGAACUCUUCUAUGGAGACACAGACUUCUCCAACUUCCACAGUGUUCACCACCCCAACCAAUGCUACAAUUUCAGAGACGACUGUGAAGCCCAGCUUGCUUCCUGGAAAUGUUUCCAGUGCCCCAUCCAACAGCACCAGCCUUGAGACAUCGCACACUCCUUUCUAUACUGAGUCUCCUUCAACUGUAGUUACCAUUAAGGGAGAAAUCAGAUGUUCAGAAAUCAAACAAGUGAAAUUGAACCAGGGCAUCUGUCUAGAGAGAAAUGACACCUCCAAAUGUGAGGACUUUAAGAAGGACAAAGGAGAGGAUCUGAUCCAAAUACUGUGUGAAAAGGAGCAAGCCAAAGAUGAGGCCAGGGAGUGCUCCGUGCUCCUGGCCCAGUCGGAGAUAAAACCUCAGUGUCUGAUGCUGAUCUUGGCCAACAGAUCGGAGCUUCUCAGCAAGCUCCAGCUUAUGAAAAAAUACCAGUCUGGCCUCGAAAAGCUGGGGAUCCACAGAUUUACUGAAGAAAGUGUGGGGAACCACCAGAGCUAUUCUCGCAAGACCCUGAUUGCUCUGGUGACCACGGGAAUUCUGCUGGCCAUCCUGGGCACUACUGGCUAUUUCCUCAUGAACCGCCGCAGCUGGAGCCCCACUGGAGAACGGCUGGGUGAAGACCCUUACUACACUGAGAGCGGUGGAGGCCAGGGCUAUAGCUCAGGCCCUAGGGGCUCCCCUGAGGCCCAAGGAAAGGCCAGUGUGAACAGAGGGGCUCAGGAGAACGGGACCGGCCAGGCCACGUCCAGAAAUGGCCAUUCAGCAAGACAGCACGCAGUGGCUGAUACCGAAUUGUGA